ACAGGCACGCACUGUGAUAACCGGAAGCAUCAACAGAGCGAUUGAGAAACAGCGAAAGAAAUCAUCACCUGUCGAAUGCGUUCAUAUAGCUCUCCUGCGCUCCCAUUAAUCUCCAUACCCCACUUCCAUAACACCCAUACCUUUUCGUUAAUUCGCUGUCGAGUCGGUCUGGACGGAUAAAGCAGAGCUGGCAGUGUAAUUCUUUGCGCAAACGGUGCGUUAUAGCCUCGCAGCAGAACAAAUGUAAACAAGCAGCUGAUCAGCUGUGCGGCCGAAGACGCGCAACGAAACGGCGUAAUGACAGCGACCCGCAGGGUUUGACAAACAUAUUCUGCAUCAUAUAAAGCGAAAUUAGAGACUUAUUUGCAUGCUGUAGAGUUUUUUUUUUAGACGUUAGGGCAGUACACGAGGACAACUCCCAACCAACCCAUCGCCUUCACCUCCAUUGCGGGCAGCAGCAGAUACAGAACAAACGGCUUAUGUAUUUUUUUUAUUGAUUAGAAGGGUGAUAAAUAGAUUUAUUUGUCUUAACAUCUGCUUGAAGAUUGGAUAACUUCACGCCUAACAGGAAAAGCAACAGGAUUCGAGAAAUAACAAAGGAAAAAUAAGGUUAACAGUCCCUUCUGGGCCCCAAGGAAUAAAUAAAUAUCAGAAACGUAUUAAUAUUUACAUGAAUCUGGAACUUUAAGGCACCCAAACAUUACAUUUCCUGGGGAGCAGCACAGUAAGGCUGAAAGAUCAGGACUGUCAUGGCACACCAGCAGAUGCCGAGCUCUCAGAAAGCUCUGAUGCUGGAACUGAAAUCCCUGCAAGAGGAGCCAGUGGAAGGUUUCCGCAUCACUCUGGUGGAGGAGUCGGACCUCUACAACUGGGAGGUGGCCAUCUUUGGCCCUCCAAACACACUUUAUGAAGGGGGCUACUUUAAGGCCCAUAUAAAAUUUCCUAUUGACUACCCCUACUCUCCUCCGACCUUCCGAUUCCUCACCAAGAUGUGGCAUCCAAACAUCUAUGAGAAUGGCGACGUGUGUAUUUCCAUCCUCCAUCCUCCUGUGGAUGACCCUCAGAGCGGAGAGCUGCCCUCAGAGCGAUGGAACCCCACACAGAAUGUCAGAACAAUCCUGCUGAGUGUGAUCUCACUGCUGAAUGAACCCAACACCUUUUCUCCUGCAAACGUGGAUGCCUCGGUCAUGUUUCGCAAGUGGAGGGACAGCAAAGGCAAGGACAAGGAAUACGCAGAGAUUAUAAGGAAGCAGGUGAUGUCCACUAAGGCAGAUGCAGAGCGAGAUGGAGUUAAAGUACCAACGACGCUAGCUGAGUACUGCAUCCAGACCAAAGUGCCUUCCCACGACAGUAGCUCUGACCUGCUCUAUGACGAUCUAUAUGACGAUGACAUAGAGGAGGAGGAGGAUGAUGAAGACGAGGCGGAGGCCAGUGGGAUUGGCAAUGAAAUGGCCGGGGACUGUUUUGGCGAUGAAGACGACUCUGGCAAUGAGGAAUCUUGACCUCCUUCCACCGUUUCCGUGACACUGACCUUUGCCCUCUCACUAUUCUUUACCCUGACAGCCUCAUGUUUCAAAUUCUCUUUUCCUGUGCUUAAAGCUUUCGUUUUUCACUCUGUUCCAAAAAACUCAUUACUUAAGAUCUCUGUCCUUUUCAGCACCUCCCCGUUCAUAAGUAAAGUUCAGUAUGGGUUCACAAAACCAGUCAUUUUUAGUAACGUUUCACAUCCCACCUUCUCCUGCCUCUUAACCUCAGGGCUUUUGGAUAAUCAGAGCUUGUCAGGCCACCUUAAACAUGCACAUUUCAAAAUGUUUUGUUAAUUGCAACCCUUUUUUGAAGGCUAGUUCCCUCAGAAAAUACAAAUCUGUUGUGAUUUACUCACCCUCAUGUUGCUAGAGAAAUUUUGGCUACAUUCCAGUUCACUUUUUUUAUGCUCUUCACUUGCUAACUUCCCUCCGUCUCGGUU